UCAGCAAUGGCGAUGUUUGCCGUCGCCUUGGUCGCCGCCCUCCUCUUCUCGGUCUCCUCCGCGUUCCCUUGGGGCGGUCAGCUGGACCCCCACUUCUACGACCACUCGUGCCCGCAGGCGCAGCAGAUCGUGGCGUCCAUCGUCGGCAAGGCGCACUACCGUGAACCGCGCAUGGCUGCCUCCCUCCUCCGCCUCCACUUCCACGACUGCUUCGUCAAGGGCUGCGAUGCGUCGAUCCUGCUGGACAGCAGCGCGUCGGUAACGAGCGAGAAGCGGUCGAUCCCGAACAAGGACUCGGCGAGAGGGUUCGAGGUGGUGGACGAGAUUAAGGCCGCGCUGGAGGCCGCCUGCCCGCGCACCGUCUCCUGCGCCGACGUCCUCGCCCUCGCCGCCCGCGACUCCACCGUCGUGACCGGAGGACCAGGGUGGAUCGUGCCGCUGGGCAGGAGGGACUCUCUGGGCGCCAGCAUCCAGGGCUCCAACAACGACAUCCCUGCCCCCAACAACACCCUCCCCACCAUCAUCACCAAGUUCAAGCUCCAGAGCCUUGACAUCGUCGACCUCGUCGCCCUCCUCGGUAGCCACACCAUCGGCAACGCACGGUGCACGAGCUUCCGGCAGCGGCUGUACAACCAGACGGGCAACGGCCUCCCGGACUUCACCCUGGACCCGGCGGCGGCCGCGAUACUGCGCCCGGUAUGCCCGCGCUCCGGCGGCGACCAGAACCUCUUCUUCCUGGACCACGUUACGCCCUUCAAGUUCGACAACCAGUACUACAAGAACCUGCUGCUGCGGCAGGGCCUGCUCAGCUCUGACGAGGUGCUGCUCACCGGCAGCCCCGCCACGGCCGGGCUCGUCAAGCUCUACGCCUCCAACCAGGCCAUCUUCUUCCAGCACUUCGCGCGGUCCAUGGUCAAGAUGGGCAGCGUCUCGCCGCUCACCGGCGGAAAGGGCGAGAUCAGGAGCAACUGCAGGAGGGUCAACCGCAACUGA